AUGAAUCAAGAUGUUGAUGAAAAGAGGUUACGCACCCGCUCAAAGGGAAUCAGGAUACCAGCAGAGCCUGUGGGACAGGAUGUAAGCUGUCCUACUCCAGGAUGUAAUGGCUCAGGUCAUGCUAGUGGAAAAUAUGCACGGCACAGAAGCUCACAAGGUUGUCCUUUGGCAAGAAAGAGAAAAGUACAGGACUCUGAUUCUGAUCAACCUUUAACCAAAAGGAAAUCCCAUCCAUUGAAACUUGCUUUGGAUGAAGGUUAUAAUGGAGAUAGUGAUGGAGUAGUUGAGUUGGAGAUAAAGGAGGAGUCAGUUGUGGAUGAAUCAGAAGAAGCACUUGAAGUUGAAGAAGAAAUGGAAGACGAGGAGGAGGAUGAAGAAAAAAGUAUGGAAGAAAUUGAAAGCACUGAAUCAGUACCAGAUGGCAGGCAUAAAGGAUCAGAUGAUCGGCAUCGCUGGGAGGAUGGAACCAAGAAUGUCAGUACUCGAAAGGACGAUUUUGUUAGCUAUCAGGAAUUAGUUGCGAAGUCACUUCUAAACCUGGGCAAAAUAGUAGACGAUACCGCAAUUCCUGCAUUUUCAGAUAAAAAACCAAGUAACAGUGAGUCACAACCUACAGAGACUUGCAUUUAUAGAAAAGACAGCACACAUCAGGAGGCAAUGGAAGAAGAAAGUGAUUCUGGGAAGGAAAUUAUUGAAAGUGAGACUGUGACUGAAGAUUCUGAAUGCGAAAAGGAAGUUGACCAAGAUCACGAUUCAAUUGAAGAAAAUACAAUCGAAAAUGUGCUUCCAUCUAGUGAUGAAAGAAACGAAGAACAAUGUAAAGAAUUUAAGGACAUGACUGGUUCCUCUCACUGCAGCGAGCAGACAAUUGUUUUCCAACAAGAGCUUGAUGAGGCUGACAAAAAGGAUAUGGGGGAGAACAAGUCCACUGAUGUGCAAUACAAGGACAGUGCUGAAGUAAUAGUACAGAUAUCACAAGAGACAGAACAGGAAAGCCAUUGUGAAGGACAACCAAAGUCAGAAAGCUCAGCAAUAGCAGAGGACAAUCUGGAUGAAUGCACUGAUGGGAGUGAGAGUUUACCUCCAAAAUCUGCAAUCACUGAGGAGUCAGAAAUUUAUGACAUGAUGACAAAAGGAAAUCUUGGGCUCCUAGAGCAGGCCAUUGCUCUGAAAGCUGAGCAGGUGAAGAUGAAGAGAGAAGACGUAAACAGAGAGCCCAGUAGGAUAUCAGGGGAACAGAUGAGGCAUAUCCAUUUGGAAGAAAAAACAAAUAAGUCUUUGGAUUCCAUCAGGAAAAACCUUUAUAGUAAAGAUCCCUCAAGGUCUGAGAAGAGGGAGAUCAAGUGCCCUACCCCAGGCUGUGAUGGCACUGGUCAUGUGACAGGAUUGUAUCCACACCAUCGUAGUCUUUCUGGAUGCCCACACAAGGAUAAAAUACCUCCAGAGAUCCUUGCCAUGCAUGAAAAUGUUUUGAAGUGUCCCACGCCAGGCUGCACGGGACAGGGGCAUGUCAACAGUAACCGAAAUACACACAGGAGCCUUUCUGGAUGCCCCAUUGCUGCUGCUGAGAAACUGGCAAAAUCUCACGAGAAACAGCAUAACAGUGAAUCUCCCAAGAGCAGCCAAAGUUCUGACAGAGUGUUGAGGCCGAUGUGCUUUGUGAAACAGUUGGAGAUUCCACACUAUAGUUACAGGCCUAACAUGCUGCCAGUCACACCUCGAGCUAACCUCGCAAAGGAGUUGGAGAAAUACUCCAAGGUUACAUUUGAUUAUGCCAGUUUUGAUGCACAGGUUUUUGGGAAACGUGUGAUUGCUCCAAAGCUUCAGGCAUCUGAAACCUCCCCCAAAACCUUUAAAUCUAAACCAUUUCCAAAGGCCUCCUCACCUAGUCACAGUUUGUCUACUAACUAUGUUAAAAGCUCAUCCUCAUCUGGUGGAUAUGACUAUGCUCAUGAUGCUGAAGCUGCACAUAUGGCUGCAACGGCUAUCCUCAAUCUAUCUACACGUUGCUGGGAAAUGCCAGAAAAUCUAAGCACUAAGCAUCAGGAUCAUCCCUCAAAGAAUAUGGAUAUUGAAGUAGAUGAAAAUGGAACUCUGGAUCUCAGCAUGAAUAAAAACCGUAAAAGGGAAAAUGUAUUUUCUGCAAUAAGCGCAAAUGUCAGGUCAGCAGAUUUAUCAUCCUCCUAUCUUCAUGGAAGCAACAGCACAUGUAGCAGCGUCAUGGGUUCACCGCAGUCCAGUCAGACGUCCAAACAGGAUGAAUAUGAUGGUCCUAUUGACUACACAAAGCCAAGCAGACAAAGGGAAGAAGAGUCUGAAGAAAUGGAACCUGCCACAUCUUCAUUUCCUUCAUCAGAAGCAGGAGAUCUGGAAGUGAUGGAUGAAAGUAUAGAAGAUAAAAAGUACCCAGGAGAGGUCACAAGUUCAAGCCUCAAACUAAAAUUUUCAUGCAAGGAUGCCAAGAAAGAAUUAAUAACUUGCCCAACCCCUGGAUGUGAUGGCAGUGGUCACAUAACUGGAAAUUAUGCUUCGCAUCGUAGUCUUUCUGGUUGUCCUUUAGCAGAUAAAAGUUUAAGAAACCUCAUGGCUGCCCACUCUUCAGAACUCAGGUGCCCAACUCCUGGUUGCGAUGGGUCUGGUCAUGUGACAGGGAACUAUACUUCUCACAGAAGCUUGUCAGGGUGCCCACGUGCAAAGAAAAGUGGACAGAAAUUAACACCGACCAAGGAUGAUAAAGAGGACCCUGAGCUCAUGAAAUGCCCUGUUCCUGGUUGUGAUGGGCUCGGGCAUGUAAGUGGCAAGUAUGCAUCACACCGUAGUGCAUCUGGCUGUCCUUUGGCUGCACGCAGACAAAAGGAAGGAUUUCACAAUGGGUCACCAUUUGCUUGGAAACCUGUGAAAGGAGAUGGGCCAGCUUGUCCAACCCCAGGGUGUGAUGGCUCAGGGCAUGCUAAUGGCAGUUUUCUUACACAUCGAAGUCUUUCUGGAUGUCCAAGGGCUACUUUGGCCAUGAAGAAAGCAAAAUUCUCAGGGGAGGAUCUACUGACUACCAAAUUUAGAGCUAGUGACGCAAUUGAAAAUGAUGAAGAAAUUAAGCAACUUGACAAAGAGAUCAAUGAAUUAAAUGAAUCCAACACUGAAAUGGAAUCCAAUAUGGUGAAAUUGCAGUCACAGAUUUCUAACAUGGAAAAAAAUUUAAAAACUAUCGAGGAUGAAAAUAAAGUGAUUGAAGAGCAAAAUGAAGCCUUAUUCAAAGAGCUGGCUGGGUUAAGUCAGGCACUGAUACGUAGCCUUGCUGACAUAAAACUGCCUCAAAUGCAGGAACCAAUCAGCGAACAGAACUUUGACGCCUAUGUUAGUACCCUCACAGAUAUGUAUACCAAUAUGGAAUGCUACCAGAACCCAGAAAAUAAAGCACUACUGGAGAGCAUCAAACAAGCUGUAAAGGGCAUUCAGGUUUAAAAAAAAUUGUAU